CUCCACAGCUCCCUCCUCCUACUCAGAGCAGAAGCGCGACAUCGACUCGACGGUUUUAAACAGAAGAGAGACCCCACAUCAGCAAACCAGCAGCGCCAUCAAGCAGGAGGAGGAGGAAGCAGCGGCAGCAGCAGCGGCAGUGAGAGCGCCACAGCGGCCUGGGGUGGCGUCGCGCGAAACUUCAAAGAGAAGAGUUGGGAGCAGCGAUUUUAUAAGAGCGAGGAGGAGAGAGAGCGAGCCAGGAGGGAGCCAGGAGGGAGCGAGGAGGAGGAGGAAGGAGGAGGAGAGAUUGCAAGCGCGCACUGGAUGCAGACGCGCGCCUGGACGAGGCGCGCCGGGUGUGGCCGGCCCAACCGGAUUCCAGCCACCCCCGGGAUACAAGCACGGUCUCUCGCAGGAGCCGCCUGAGCACCAUGCGCCGCCGACUCCGGGAGAAAAUGGGCUUCCGCUCGGCGCAGUCGGCGCCCCAGGGGGUUCUGUUCGACUCCCCGUACGCGUCCGACACCGAGAUGGGCCCCGGCGAGGACGGACCCCCUUCCCGUCCUCCUCCGUCCCCCCCGCUGCUCCUCGCAAAGUCGGCCGACUCCGCUGCCGCGGCCGGCGCCGCCGCCCUGGCCGGCGCCCUUCCCGCGCCUCUCUCCAGGGUGUCGCGCAGCACGCCCGACCUCCUGCGCACGGAGCAGGACGAAGAGCCCGGGCGAACGGAGACGCUCGGCACUUCACAGGGCGAGCAGCUGGACAACGACAAGCUGUCUGAAGUCAAAGGUCACCUCGAGAUUGCUCUCCUGGAGAAAUACUACCUUCAGCUCGGGCGACGGUUGGCAGCGCCCGCUCGUGUCUCCCGCGCAGAGGAGGAGCUGCAGCGUCUGCGUGGUGACUCGGGGCUGGAGGCGAAGCUGGAGAAGGAGAAGGAGCGGCGCCGCAAGGCCGAGUUCGAGCUCCAGAGGCUGCGCGACGAGAACGCGGCCGCCGCCACCACCGCCACCACCGCCACCACGGUGGGGGCUUCAGUCGCAGACAGCGCUAUACCGGCGCCUCCACUGGCAGAGGACUCCAGAGACUCAGCAAAUUCGGCGUCUCCACCGCGGGGGUUGCUGGGCCCGGCUCGGCUGCGCUGGCGCCGUGCGCUGGCCGCCCUCUCGUCGGACCUGGGCGCCAACCCGGAACCCCCGCCCCCAGAGCCCGACGAGCCACUCAGCGGACGCAGGCUCACUGAGAACAUGCGGAGAGUGCGCCGAGGUUUUAAGCCGGUGUCUCUCUUCAUGCGCAACCUCAAGGCACUCUCCGUGUGGCAGUCCGUUUACACGUCCGCCAUCGCGUUUGUUGUAUACAUGUAUGCUGUGUGGCACGGUUGGGCUGUGCCAAUGUUCCUGCUCUUCGCCAUUAUUCGACUCUCGCUCAACUACCUCAUAGCCAAGGGCUGGAAAAUCCAUUGGAGCAUCGUCCCCGCACUGGUGAUACCUGAACCCGAGGUGCCGCGGGACGACCUCUCAGUCACGGAGAAGUUCCAGCUGGUCCUGGACGUCGCUCAGAGAGCACAGAACCUCUUCGGCAAAGUGGCUGACAUUCUUGAGAAGAUUAAAAAUCUGCUCAUGUGGGCCGACCUAGAGGCCACCCGGCAACUCUACCGGGUCCUGUGGAUCGCGUUCGUGGCCUCCAGCAUCCUGCCCGCACCCCUUCUCUGGACUCUAUUCGGGCUUGGCCUGGGCGUGCGCGCAUUCCUCGUGGCGCCCGUGUUCCACCGCUUCCCCAGCAUCCGGCUCAAGUACGACACGGCGCGGCGCCUUUGGCAGCAGCUCCCCACGGACGCCCAGCGCAACGAGCGCCCUGCUCUCAACACGCGCAGGGGUGGUGGCAGUCACCUGGGCCGCAGCAGCAGCGCCCAGGGCCUCGUGGGUUCAGGCAGCGCCGAGGAGGCGUUGGACCCCCGCCGUCGCUCGUUCCACGCCAUCUUCAGCCUCCCCGAUUCGGAGCGCCCGCUGCCCGUGUGUGAGGGCGGGUGGAGGUGCUGCCUGAUCCAGCGGGACCGCAGGAUCUCCUCCGACUACAUCCGCAGCGGCUUCCUCUACGUCACGCAGAACUACCUAUGCUUUGAAAACACCAGGUCGGUAUCUUCCAAAAAGAACAAGGUUAUCAGCCUCAAGUCCAUCACCGAAGUACAGAAGUACAAGGUGCUGUCUAUGCUGCCUGGAGCUGGCAUGGGCAUCUCCAUCAAGACCCCGGACACGGUGAAGCCCCUGAUCUUUGGAGCCAUGGUGCACCGCGACGACGCCUACGACGCCAUCAUGGAGCAGUACUCGCGGAUGGGGCCACCCCCCGCGCCCCCGCCUCCACCCCCGCUGCCCCUCCCACGCGGACCCUCCGCCGCCGGCAUUAAAUUCGACGGGUCGGCAUCGCCGCACACCUUGCCAAAGACUGCUUGUAAAAAGUGACCGUGCAUGAGGAUGGUGUUUUAAAAUACACGUACGAUUGUACUCCU